AUGCUAUUACCCAGUGACGUUCCGCCAACACAAUCCAAGAAGACGAAGUUGUCCGUCCCUGAAACACUCGUAGAAGAUCCCCAACCAGCUUGUCCUGUGCCCACCACUCGCCGUUCGAAAUUUAAACCCUCCAUUCUGCGUUCGUUCAAUCCGCCUCCUCCAAUUUCUACCCCCCAAAGUCAAUCCUCCAGUGAGCACAGUACAACCCUGGACCCCCAAAGUCUUCCCCAACUGGAGACAAACGGCAGUACCUCGUCAUCUGAUAGUAUUCAACGGAAGCCAAAUGGCAGUCCCGAGCCGUCAAGUUUGGAGAGAGAGCUGGCCAAAUUGACCUCACUCCUCAAAGACACCGCAGCCUUACUCGCCAUACGCACGGAGGAGGUCCAACGACUCCAGCAUGAAGUAAAAGUCCAAGCGCUUGGCAACACCCUCUCUCAAGAGUAUGUGACACUCCAGAACCUCCUCCCUGGACCGCCUUCGAUUACCCUAAGGUUGAAGGUUCAGAGAAUGCAGACGGAGAUGGAACAACUUUGCGCUACUCAUGAACGCACUGAGAAGGAUCUCGCCGAGAUGAAGGAUCUCCACUAA